AUGGAACCAGCUACUAAUGAUCAUAAUAAUGUAUUGGCUUAUGUUGUUGCUUUUGAUGAAAGUGAAUAUAUUAAAGAUGUUACACGUAGAUAUACAACUAAAUGGGGUGCAAAAACACGAAAAUUACGCGUCCCACCUACAAAGGAUGGUUACGAUUGGUGGAGUGAGACAUUAUCCUGUUUUACUUGUCCAUUUGAAACGUGA